CAGCAACAGCAACAGCAACAGCAACAGCAACAGCAACAGCAACAGCAGUCAGUGAGUCGCCCUGGAGGCAACACAGGCAAGGUGCAGCAUAUGGCGCUCGAAGAGUCUGACAAUAUUGACGAUAUCCUGUGCAACCUCUGGCCGACGAGCAAGAGAGAGUCGUACGGAAUGAGUGCAAACCCAUUUUUGAUUCUGCCAUCGUACCCCGCACAAUACCAGCAGCAUCAGCAUCAGCAUCAGCAACCCAAUGGGCAGUACACCCCGCCCGAGGACCCAUGCGGGCUCAUGGUGUCAACCUACGCGCAGGCGGCGCCCUUGCACCACGCGUGGGGAGAGCACCCCGGAAUUUACGCUUUGGGCACGCCAUCGCUGGCGCAGAAAGUCUCUAGCGGAUUAUCCGAGUCGCGUUCAAUUUCAGCAUCCAUCCAGAUAGGCGAUCCCGAGUGGCGCAUCGACUCGCCGCAGCAAUCGGUGUCGCCCAAGCAGCAGGUUCUGGUGGCGGGACACGGCAAGCUACUCAUGGGCUCUCCGGUCAGUCCGCCCCCAGCCCUGGUGUUCUGGCCACCGCCACCGACCGGUGCGCUGCAGGACAGUAAACCGGCAGCCAUAUCUCUAGGCUUGGGCCAUAUACGUGGGCAAACUAACCGCAGCUCUACUCUGGGGCUGAGAACAGGGAGCAACGGUGGUGGCGGUGGGCAGAGACCGAGUGCUGCGCGCUUGGUUACUCCUGAGGAGCGCGUGGCAAGGCUGCAUACGGUCAGUGGGCUGGCUGCUCGUGCAGUGGCGCGUCGCUGUUUAUCCGGACAAAUGGUUGAUACUGAUGCACUGUUGCGUCACCAAAAUGCCGCUUCAUUUGGUCUACCACUGCCGUCGCCGCAGGGCAGGAAACCCACUUUUGCUGACGUUACUCGUGGCUCUCACGAUUAAAAAAUAAUUUAUUGGGUCCUUUUGUUUUUUCUAUUUGUUUUCUCUCUCCUGUUCCCUUGCAUUUUGAUGCACCCAUUUAAUAAAGGGGGUGUUGGUUUAAAAACCAUUAUUAGUAUUAUUAUUAUUAUUAUUAUUAUUAUUUUUCCACAAUUGAAAAAU